GAGCUCUUUGCAAACACUGCUCGACAACUACAGCUGGAGCAGCUGUCCUCGUGGCAGGCCAAGUGGGAUCUGGACGGCGUUGAUCCCCAAACAGCCAACCAUCUGUUGAACUUGUACUGGAACCAUCAGUACAACACAUACUUGUGCGUAUAUCGGCCAGCCGUGAUGGAGAGUCUUGCAACAGGCGGCCCUUAUUCAAACAAACUUCUCUUACAUGCAAUGCUGCACAAUGGGGCAUUGCAGAGCGGCCGGGAAGACUUGAUGGAUGUGCCCGGAGAUCCGCAGACACUUGGUAGUCGCUUUUUCCGACGUUUUGAGGAACUGCUACCUUCCUCAAUGAGGACCUCAAGCAUUGCCAGUAUAAGCGCGUUCAUCGUUAUGGGCUCGUCUCUACUUACAAGGGGCUAUCAGACACUGGGGUGGCUAUACUGCGGUAUCUCGUACCGAAUGAUAUCUGAUUUGGGGCUCGAUAUUAAUCCAGCCAAGGUUCAAACAUCAAGUCUUCUGGCAAAGGAACCUGAAUACUCCCAAACAGCCAUCGACUCGGAACUGCAGAGGCGGGUCUUCUGGGGUUCGUAUAUGAACGAUCGGUUCAACUCGCUCUACUUCGGAAGGCCCCCUUCCCUCCACGUUAUCCAAGGGUUUGAGCCGGAUAGGGAGAUUCUGGAUGCAUAUGAUGAGAUGGAUUUGUGGUCUCCCUGCCUGGAUUCGUUUCGACCGUCAUCGAUACCAGUAUACACACCAUUACCCAAGUACAAUGUCUCAAAUAGAAACAGCUUGCUCGUGCUCGCGGAUAUUACUUCUGACAUUAUUGACAAAUUCUACAAACCAGGGCUGGAGUUUUCGUCGCCUGAGGCAGCAUGGAAACAAGUUCACGAAGUACAGAAAAUGCUAGAUGAAUGGUCGAGCAGUCUGCCUGCCCACCUUCAAUAUGAUCCAGAAAAGGACUUAACACCCCCGCCACAUAGAUUCUAUCCACAUACAACUUAUCACACACUCCAUAUUCUUUUAUAUCGACCCUUCCUCCCGGAAGGUCACCUUCGCAAAAUCGAGUCACCUUCGCAGCCCGAGAUCCGACAACGCUGCGUAUCUGCCGCACUGCAUAUUUACUCUCUCGCACAAUCCUAUCGCGCCUCCUUCACCCUCCGCCGUGCUCCAUAUCUCUUUUCAUACGCUCUUUUCUCUGCUGCAACUGUUAUC